AUGGCUACAGGCGCCGGCAGCGGCAUUGGACAACGCAUUGCCAUCGGGUUGGCCCAAUGCGGUGCGGAUGUCGCGCUGCUCGACCGACGCACGGAUGACGGAUUGGCGCAAACCGCCGAGCUCAUCGCGAGAGCAGGACGAAGGUCCCUGUCGAUCUCGGCCGAUGUCACAUCCUCAAAAGCUCUUGCCGAUGCAGUGUCGCAAACCGAAGCCGGGCUGGGAUCGCUUAAUCUGGCUCUCAAUGCGGCGGGAAUUGCGAAUGCCAACCCAUGUGAGAACAUGGAAGAGGAGCAGUACCAGACCCUCAUGGACAUCAACAUGAAGGGUGUCUGGCUCUCCUGUCAGGCCGAAGCCAGGGCGAUGAUCGCCCAUGGCAAGGGCGGAUCAAUCGUCAACAUAGCGUCCAUGUCCGGCGUGAUCGUCAACAAGGGUCUGAACCAGGUCCACUACAACGCCUCGAAAGCAGGCGUAAUCCAGAUGUCGAAGUCCAUGGCCAUGGAGUGGGUCGGCAAGGGUAUCCGGGUGAAUUCCAUCAGUCCCGGCUAUACUGCCACUCCGAUGAACACACGACCCGAGAUGGUGCAUCAGACAAAGGAAUUCGAAGCCCAGACACCCAUGGGCAGAAUGGCAAAUGUUGACGAGAUGGUUGGCCCGGCGGUGUUCCUGCUAUCGGAUGCAGCUUCCUUCUGCACAGGCGUCGAUCUACUGGUGGAUGGCGGAUUUUGCUGCUGGUAG